AUGAGUUGAUUUUUCAGUAAGAAGAGUACUUGGUGUGAGUCCGAAGUGUCAUAUAAGGAUGUGGAUUAUAUAUACAUGACUAACUUUUGAAUCCUGUGUUGAGUUGGAAGGUGUAAAUGUUUACUGGAUCAAUUUACUGUAGACACUGCUACUCGAUGAUUUUUUUAUUGAAAUAUGGAUGUGACAUGACUUCAGCAAAGAUUAAAGAUCUAUCAUUUAACAGAUGCUUUACAAGGAUUUGAAGUUAGUCUCAGCGAAGAAUUAUUAUGAAAUGUGAUCACAGGGAUAAGCUAGUAUUUAUAUAUAGAUAUGUAGGUAUAUGAAAAUGGUUGCCAUCAACACUCGUAUUUCGGAUGACCAGUUUCCGGUUCUGCCAAAACCGACCUAUCAACCAGGGUCAUUUGAUCCAUUAGAGGAUCACAGAGCAUCACGUCCCAAGGGGUCAAACAUUCUACAUAGACAAUUAAAACGCCUACAAAGGCAACAUUCUAUUGUCCUCUCAAAGGUUGAAAAAGAGGAGAAACAUGAGCGACUAAGUCGUCGUCAUGAGGAAGAAGAAAACCGUCCAAAAGAUUCCUAUAGAAAGUUUGAUGGUCGGAAAGGACAUCGAAAGGUCGUUUCAAAACGAGAGAAAAGCUUUCUUUCAAGUUGUACAAAACUGCCGGAUAUUAAUAAUGACAAGGAAGAAAUAUUUCGCCGCCACAGUGUGGCGUCUCUAACCAGCGAGGAACGGGAAGACCGUAGUCUAGCUCACCGAAGUGUGCAAUCUAAAUAUAGUGAUGAAACAGACGACCGUAUUGGAUUACACCAUUUCCGUAAUGUGCAUUCUAAAUAUAGCGAUGGAAGUGAUAACAAGAUUGGAAACCAAUCUUUCCGUAAUGUCCGAUCAAAAUAUAGUGAUGAACUUGAUGACCGCAUCAGAAGUCAUCGAAUCCAUAAUGUGCAUCCUAAAUAUAACGACAAGCGGGAUGACCACAUUGGAAAACAUCCGCUCCGAAAUGUGUAUUCUAAAUAUAGUGAUGAACGGGAUGACCGCAUAGGAAAUUAUCGUUUGCGAACUGUGUACUCUAAAUAUAGCGAUGACACAGAUGACCGUAAACUUCAUCAUCAUCGAACGUUUUCUAAAUAUGAAUCUAAUCAUCAGUCAACUGCACAUUCCAGUUAUCAAACUGAUAGUGCUGAUUAUGAAAAUAAACUGCCUGACAUUUACCCUGGACAAAACAACUCACUCGGUAACUGUACUCAUCAACUCGACAAUAGUAAAAGGUCUCAGUUAGGGGACGCCAGAGAAACUUUACACCAGAGAAAUAACGGUCUUCUCUUACAAAGAUCAGAAAUAAACAAUGAAAGCAGGGACUACUUCAAACUUGUUCAACAACGUUUUGGUCGACAACAAAGACGUCGUCCCAGAAACGUUCUUCUCCAACGUGCCAAAGAAAAACGACGUCAGUGUCGUAAUGUGUUUUUGAAAUACAGUGCAGACCUUGAAGACCGUCAGAAAUUGAGGCGUCUUGGCUCCGGUCUUCUGCCUCCAGUUGUAGUCGACAGCCAUAUACUGACACACAUGCUGUCGUUACUGGAUGGACAGAAGAAGAAAGUCUUACUAGACACAGACUUCAUCGAUGACAAGUCCUCUGAGCAUUCUGGGUCGUUCAAGGGCAAGGCCAGAAGGUCAAAGGGCAGCAAGGGCAAAAAGUCUCUGUCUUCCUCCCGGGAUGACAAGGAGUAUGUCGGAAAUGUACCGGUUGUGGCAAUGCGUUCAGGUGCUUCGUCUCCAACCACUCUCCCACUCAUCCCUGGAACCCUGCCCCUCCCACCAAUCGGGGAAGCAAGCCGUGAACAGACUAGCAUCCCACCAGUGGUGCUGCCACCUAUAGGCACGGAAGCAGUCCCUCUAGUGAGCAUACAGCCACCUACCCCACAGCACACAUUCCUCUCCACACACGGAGCUCAGGAGCCAAGUCUCAACACGCAGGCGGAGGAGGAUCCGCAAGAUCAGACAGAUGGGGCCUGGGGUAUGGGGGAUACAGAGACCCUCAGACAGAGGGCCAUGGAACAGGAACGCCGUCGUAAGGAAGAAAAACUCCGACGGAAGCGUGGAGAAGGUCCCACGGUAUCCGGGGGUUCCUACCUCCAGAGCAGCAGUGAGAGCCUCGGAGCUGGUAGUACAUCGUCUAUCCCUGUGGCCAGGCCUAUACGUACCAACUGGAAGGGCAGUAACCAAAGCCUCCGUAGUAUUGGCUCAAAGAAAGCUGACAGUGAAGGACAUAAAUCACCAGAAAACGAAAUUGACGAUCGAAGUGGGGACGAUGGGUCACUCAAAGGCAGUGUGAUAUUUGGACCGGACGGUCAGGUGAUAAGUGUUGGAGGGGCUAUCCAACCCUCGCCCCGUAUAGAGGCUACAGGGAUGAUUGACCAGGUAACGGAUGCCAACCGCAUCUUUGGGAAAGGUAUCAAAAAGCCAGCUCCUAUAAGUAAAGAUCUUGCAAGUGAUGAAUCUGAUGACGAACCAGAAGAAUGGAAGCAUAGUAAAGCGCUUCGUCGGCGGGAAGUGAUGAGGCGAGAGAUCGACUAUACUUCGGGCGAUAUUGACGCCACUCGGUCAAUGAAAUCAUGGAGCUACAUGUCACGUGACAAUGACACAGAAAUCAUGGAUGUAGUGGCUAAGUGUAAGAGUCUGCCCGAAGGUCUUGCUAGUACCAAGGAGCAAGAAGUCUACUUUAGAAUGCCUAAAGAUAUCACAAUUUUAAGUCGUGCCACAGAAAAAACAGAGGAUUACGAUCGGGCAGAACCAACUCCUGCCCAGGACACGUUCUCUACUCGGUACCCAGCACCUCCUGGUACAGAGAAUCUCAACUCCUCCAUGGGAGGGGAGGGAACUGCUGCUCCUAGCAGACUUACAUCUGUUAGUGUCGUGGAAAGUACACCUCUUCCUGUUGCCAUAGAAACUCCACAUCCAGAUAAGAUAGACGAGGAAUCGAAGGAAGGUGAAGGUCAGGAAACUCGAGGGGAAGGAACAGUAUCCAAGGUAACUGAUGGUAGCCGAGUUAGUAGUAACGCUGAAGGUCCAGCUCCUGUUUCCCAGGUGACGUUUGUUCAGAAUGCAAAAUCUAACAUUGGCACCCCUCCAACUGAGAUAGUUGAUGAAGUUUCCGUGGAGACGGCAAAGGUGUCAACUCCUGUGGAAAUACCCACAGAAGUGAGAGAGGAGGAAAAUACCGGAGGGGAUGAAAAUACAGGGGAGGAUGAAAAUUUAGGAGGACGAGAAAGUAAAGAAAAAGAAAGGACGCCCCAUGUAUCUAGACAACAGUCUCGAAUCUCAUUAGUCAAGUCUGUCGCUGAGGAACUCGAGGUUAUAGAACAGCAGGAAGUUGUUCCUGAAAGUGUUCCGGAAUCAGCUAGAGAGGGGUCUGUGAAAUCACAGAUAUCCGAGGAGGACAUUGUGAAUGCUCUCACUGAGCAUGCCCAGCAAGUUGCUGCCAGUGUUCUUAGUGCUAAGUCUGAAACAGGCAAGGAUCUGGAGGCAGACGUCCGGCAAGCAGCGGAGAUGUGGAUGGAGAGACACCCACCCCGACAAAUUUCACGCAGUCAAUCCAUUCAGGAAAACCACGAGAGUACGGUUAUUGAUGAGAUUAUGGAGAUGCAGAAACAGAAAAGGAAGAGUGCCGGUCCGACAGCUGGAGAGUACCGAGAAUUAAUCAAGGAUUCCCUUACCACUGCCAUGAAAGCUCAAGGUCUCAAUGAUAACAUACCAGACGAUACAGAAAUUACACAGGAAGUAAUCGAGGCUCUCACAAAUGGAUCCCUGACUCCGGAUGAUCUCGAACUCGUUCAUGAUAGCGACAGUGGUAGGAGUGUUAUCCGAUCCCGCAGCCAGCUGGCCAAUGCGAUGGGAGGAGUAAAGCAGGGUCAUAUAUACGUCGCCGGGUCCAAAAACGGAAAGAAGGCUCCUGGGUCUAUUCCAGUAGACCGCACCUCAAAUGUUGAUGUUGGCGAGUUUGACGUAAUAAAGUAUGGCACUGCAUCUCAGUCUGGCUCUGAGAAAGCGCCGUCUGAGAAAGCAAUGUCAGAAAAAGCAAUAUCCGAAAAAGCUCCUUCAGAGAGAGCUCCAUCGGAAAAAGCACCGUCAGAAAAAAUUGGUAAGUCACAACCACCAUCGAUAAUGGGAGAGUCCAUUGUUGAGGAGCCGCCGGAGGUGGCCGAUGCAGAGAAAAAAUCUACUAUAUCAUUUCAAUCAGAAGCUGAGCCCCAAGUCGACGAGUUCAAAAAGGCAGUUGAGGAAAUCGAGGAGCAGCAAACGAAACAGGAGCCAGAGCCACCCAUACAGGAGGAACCCAAACUUCCAGAUGAACAAAGAGCUAGAAGUAGGAAAAGCAACAGAAGUCUUCAAAGUCGAAACAGUUUCCAAAGUCAUCAGAGUCGGUGCAGCCAUUUUAAAUCCGACAUCAGUAAGAAGUCGGACGAGAAGAGCACUAGGAGUGCUAAGAGUCGUGUUUCAGACAAGAAGAGUAAGGUGUCCGAUACGUCACAGAAAGGCAAAUCCGAGCUGGAGAAACGUGAUGAGUUUGUUGUGGGAAAAGUGAAACAGACAAACGAGUUAGAACAACUGUACGGCCCCGUAGAUCCUCCGUCUAAAGAGCCAACACAACCCUCCGAACCUGAAGAGAAAGAAUCAACCCCAGAGAUGCCUCAAAAGAAAGUGGAAAUGCCACGUAAAAAAGCCGAUAUUCCUCCAAAAAAACCACCUGAAACACCAAAAAAGAAGGAAGAGCCCAAAAAAAUUGUGGUUAAUCCGCCACAAGAGGAAGAGGAGUUAUCCACCAUUCCUGAGGAUGGCAAACCCAAUUUCAAAGGAGAGUUGGAAAAACUCUUUGGAAAGUUACCAGCAAAUAAAGACAAGGGAAAACCAAAAGACAAGAAACCAAAAGCAUCCCCACCUCUCAGGAAACAAAAGGAGAAAGCGAAAAAGGGCAAAGGCAAAGCCAAGGCAAAGAAAGAAGAGGAGAAGGAACCAGAACCACCUCCUAAAGAACCAACACCCCCACCCCCCAAAGAGCCAACUCCACCCCCACCCGCCCCUGAGGUCAAACCUGAAGAUGCCGAGUCUGUGCGGGAAUCUAUCGUAGAUUCAUACAAGUCUGAGGAGGAGUCGGACUUCGAGUUCAACAUAGUACGUGAUUCCCCAUCACCAGAACCCAUCCAACAAUCUCUUCCGUCACUCCCGUCUUACGAUGACAACACAGAAACCGAGAACGAGGAUGACGAAGAAGAUAGAGGAAAGAAACAGAAGAAACAGAGGGCUAAGAAGCAGAAGGACGAAGCCGCCAGACUCCGACAAAUUUCCAACAGGGAAGCUCGUGCAGCCAAACGUGCUGCACAGGCAGAGAAACGUCGACAGGAAGUAGAUCGUCGUCGUCGAGAGCGCGACGAGCAGGCUAAACGCGAGAAAGAGGAAUGGGAGCGACAAGAACUUCUCAAACAAGAACUGGAGGAAGCGAGGAAACGUAACGAAGAAAAUAGGAGACGUCGACGCGAGUUAGAAGCCGAGGAAAACGCUCAGGAGCUACUGGAGGAGGAGAAAAGACAACAGCAGUUACUGGCAGAACAAGAAAGAGAGCGGAGAAGGAGAGAGGAAUAUCAGAGAAAGCUGGAAGAAAUGAAGAGGAAACAGAUUAUAGAAGAACAAAAGAGACAAGAGGAGAUGAUGAGAAAAAUGAAGGAAGAAGAGGAGAGACGCUUAGCAGAGGAAGAAAUGAUGGCAAAGAUGGCGGAAGAAGAACGAAUAGCAUACGAGGAGAAGAAAAGAAGAGAGGAAGAAGAAAGAAAGAGAAAAGAAGAAGAGGAAAGGAUCAAAAGAGAGGAGGAAGCCAAGAAAGCUAUGGAGGAAGCUCGGAAGUUAGCAGAAGAGAUGGCGCGUCGACAAGCAGAGCUGGAAGCUCGCCUCAAGUUCAAUCACACCAUACAGGUCGAGUCGUCUGGCAUGACUCAUUCACAGAGUAUGACCCGUGCAUUUGUAUUCUCAUAUUAUGAACUUCUAUCUUGGCUUGGACUUGAUAUCCCAGAGUUUGAGCUGCUCAAACUCAACCAGUAUUAGGUCUUCAUUACAUACUCGGGUUGUUUUAGGUCCAGUAAAUAUAUGUUAUAAUAAUAAAGAAUAUGAUAAUGCUAGGUAUGAUUAUAUAUUACUAUAUUUUCCUCCUGCUAGGGUUUGAAACUUAGUUUAAAACAUAUGUUGUAACAGCUGUAUCAUUGGUCAUUAGACGUCUUUUUUAAAGAAAAACUAUCGCCAUUUUUGUUCAGUGCCAGAAAGAUCUUUAACUUUUGCGGUUUAUAUUUAAAAAAUGGUUUUCCACAUUACCAAGUGAUCUCUUCUAAAGAGAACAAACUGCCAGGCGAUACCUGUCAGGAGAGAUUACUUAGAGGGGAGACUACUCGGUAAAUACAUGAAAGAAAAUGUAAUUAAGACUCAGAUAUAUAUUUGUCCUUAUCUUUGUCAAUUGUUUUUCCCUUUUUGACUAAAAAGAGGAAUAGCUGUGGUAAAAUUCAUUUAUGAAUUAGACUAUAAACAAUUUAAUGAAUUAUCACCUUGAAUUUAGUAAGUACCAACUUAUGAUAAUCCAGUAGUCUUCAUUUGAUUAUUAAUUUACUUGCUAAGCAAACUAUCUCCCUAUGUCACAUAUCCUAUGUUUAAAGAAUCCUUUAAUGAUAACAUGCUAUAACAUUCCUUGAUUUAAUCAGUAUUACUCGUGAACAAUCAUAAACUGACACAGCCUAUAAACCACUGAUUUAGUGAAAACACUUGAUCCACAGGUUUCACUGAUUUAUUGAAAACUUGUAAAUUGAUGUCAUGUGAUGUACUAAAAAUGUUGAAGUAUGAUUGUUUUAUCAUGAAAGGUUUGGGUGUUUUGUUUUUUUUAAUCUACUGAAUCAAAUGUUAUCGAAACUUUUAAGUAUUUUGAAAAUGUGAUAUUUUAACGUUAUUACAAUUUCAAAAAGGAAUUGAUUUUUGUGAUAUUUAUAUCCGUCCAAUUUUCAUAAAUAUUUAUGUUUACUUAUGUGUAAAUUUCCUGUUCAUUAAUUUGGGGAAUCUGUAUAUUUCAAAUAUUGAUUAUUUACAAUAUUUUGAUAUAUAUAUUUGUUAAUAUAUUUGGUUGGGGAAACUUUCAAAUUAUUUUACUUGCACAGUAUUGUUUAAAUGUAACACAUUAUAAUAAACUAAAGUAAUAUUCUAUUUGUAAAGCUGAUAAAUGAUAUUCCAGUUGCUCAAUCGGAAGUGUGAUAUGAAAGUGACAUUAUUUUGUAAAGUUUUUUUUAAAGGUGUCUUACUUCAUGUUCUUGUCGAAUUCUUUAAACAUUUAAGUUUAUUACUUUAGUCCAACUUUGUAUAUAUUUAUUAUGUGAAUAACAUCAUUCAAAUGUAAUCGUACAGUUAUUGCUUUCAUUAUUUCCUUAUAACUGCCCCGUACACCAAAUAAAUGACUACACUUGUAUGAAAUAUGUUAAUGAACUAAAUCGAUUAUUGUGGUAAUUAUAUUGUUAACUAUGUCAAUUAGGGUCAUUGAUAACAUCCAAACUAUUCCAAUGUUCAAAUGACGCGCAUCUGAAUGGAACUUAUAUUAACUUUUUUUAUUCGAUAUUUUUCUUUUUGUUAUUAUUUUUACAAUAAUAAAAUGGUAUAGUUUAAAUGAUAUGAGAUUAGGAACAGAUUACUUACGUUUUUAGGUAAAAAUAAUGACAGAUUUGGGGAUGGUAAGUAAGACGAAAUAAGGACAGACAGAGUAUGCGGAGAUAAGAAAAAGAAAAGAAGGGCAGAUAUUAAGGGGAGAUAAGUUAGGGAAAAUGAGGACAAUAUGGAGAAUCAGGGGAGAAAAGAACAUGAAAAACUAAGAAUAAUAUGUAUAGCUGAUUUUUUCUAUCAUAUGGUAAGUACGGUGCUCUAACUGCCAAAGAAAGGUAGGCGUUUUAGGUUUUGUUAUCAUUAUUUCCAAAUUAGUUUAGUUAUAGUACAUACGUGAUAAUUAUUGACAAGGGCGUUUCCUUUCACCAUUAUAUUGUUGAUUUAUUUUUUCCUGUAUUUCUGUUAUUUUAUUUAUUAUUUUUUAGUUGCAGUAGAAUUAGAUUUCACCCAACACGUUAUUGGUAUUUUGAGGUAAGCACGCCUGCCGACACAGGGUAGAUUUUGAGGGUUAUUGUUUAGUUUUUAUUAAAUACAUGAACCAGGGUCAUAUUUUUUUCUAUUAACCACCCUAAGGUGGUAAACAUAAAACCAGUUAUAUUUUAACUAGAUUUAUAAUUCAAUAAAAUGAAAUGCCAACAUGAAACAGUGAUAUUGUGGAUAUAUGUUUUUUUUUAAAUAAAUCUAUAAUUCUAUGACAUCUUCACUCCAAUACACUUUAUAAGCAUCGUGUAAAAUUGCGAAAUAUCGAUUCUGCGGUUGUUCAAGCAUUAUCGUCAGGAAUGAUCAAUGUGAACUCAUUUAAUUCCUAAAUCUUCAAGAUUGCAUCAAUACUAUCAAAUAGUUUGGAUAACAAAGAUAAUUUAGUUUCUCCUUUCGUAUCAUCAGCGUGGACUUAUGCGAGAAUAGCAUGAUUUGUUGUAUCUUGCCAGGGUUUUUAUUCAGAAGGUUUUUUUGAAGGUUUGCUUCUUUUUUAUCCUCUUAUAUUUUAAGAAUUUCAGAUUAUUUAGAUUUGGUCACAAGACGUUUUUCCUCAUUUGUAAAAGUUUAGAUAGGUUGGUUUUGAUACAUUUGACAACAUAUAUCAUUAAGAGAAGAAUGAAUGAUACAAAUAACUAACAAAUAACCUAGUCAUUUUUUGCAAUCAAUAAGCCCUAUGGAAUUUGUGUUACAAUUGUUUAUCAGGCUCUAAUGUUAGUUUCAAUCAUGUGAACACAUUUACUGCUGAUGUUUUUUUAUCUUAUAUUCCAAGUGAUCGUACUAUUAUAUCAUCUGUCUUUGACCGGAGUUUGUCGGUCAUAGAAUUCAAGUUCAACAAAAAUAUUGGAAUGCGCCAGUAUUAUACCCUAUAAAUAACACCAUGUUUUACUGCCACCAUUGUGGUAAUUGUAAGAUUGGGGUAUGGGAUAUUCGAACAAUGUAAUUAUAUAGAAAUUAAUUAUUCAGUAAAAUGUAGGAAUAAAAUAAGAAUGUCGAAUAACAGACAAUUUAAAUGAGAUGACGUAUAGAAUAAUUUGCCGGAAUUGCAAACAGUGAAGAAGCGGCAAGAUUUACGCUAUAAAUGUCAUUGUUGUCUCUACAAUUUCUAAUCAUACAUAAAGGUUUGUGUCGCUAAAAUCAAGGUAAGUUAUAAUUACAAUUGUAUGAGCUUACCAUGUUUUACAGCUGUGCAUAUUUUACAAUACACGUGAGCUUAGUUAUUAAAGUGGAGAUAACUCUUGUAAUUGUGGGAAAUCACCCUCUUAUGUUCCGAAUACCUGGUCAUACAUUCCAGGUCAAUUGUAUGUGUUCAUUAUGCACUUUUCCAUCUGAAAUAAUAAAAAAUAUAUUGCAUUUUU